AUGACUACGAGCGAGGAUCACGUAAGAGAUGCAGAGCUACAAUAUCUUGUCAAUCCUUUGAACGGCAGCCAUUUGUCAGACGGAAUUGACGGCUCAAGUCAUGACAAUCGUCCACCUAUUCCUGGAUCAAGUUGCGAAAUCUACACCUUCACCGACGAAGUCAUCGUCCCCUCAUCAGCACCAAAAUCUCACCCCUAUCUCCUCGUCAACAUCGGCUCAGGCGUAUCAUUCUUCCAGGUCUCGGAAAACAACCAAUGUCAGCGCAUCUCAGGCUCUUCAUUCGGCGGCUCAGCAUUAUGUGGUCUGCUACUUCUACUCACACGAGCCCGCACAUAUGAAGACAUGCUUGAACAAGCUGAGAAGGGCAACAAUGCCAAUGUCGAUAAACUGAUUGGAGACAUUUAUGGAAUGGACUAUAACAGAAUUGGCAUGAAGAUGACAGCCGUUGCUUCAACCUUCUGCAAAGCUUUUAGUCUCGAGCAUAGACCUGAUGCUGAAAUCCAAGAGGCGGAAAACCCCGUGCGAGACAUCAAGUCAUUUUCAGAUGCGGAUAUCUGCCACUCCCUGGUCUUCGCAGUUUUUAACAACAUCGGUCAACUUGCCACGCUGCACAGUCGAAUUCAUGGAAACCCGGAUAUCUACUUCACUGGACCUUAUGUGCAAAACUGCCAACUGCUCAUCAGGACCUUGUGCAUUGCAGUGCGUUAUUAUUCCCAAGGGGAGAAGAAGGCGCAUGUUGUUGUCAAUCAAGGUGAUUCGACUGCUUAA